AUGGCUUCUUCUUCUCUUUCUUCAGCAAUCUCAAUUCAAGAAAUGUACGAUGUGUUCUUGAGUUUCAGAGGUGAAGACACCCGCAAUCAAUUUGCUAGCUAUCUUUAUGCUGCUUUAUCUGCAAAGCAUAUCUCAACUUUCAUGGAUGAUCAUCAACUUGAGAGAGGGGAUCAAAUUUCACCAACGCUUAGGAAAGCAAUCCGUGAAUCCAAGAUUUGGGUAAUCAUUUUCUCGGAAAACUUUACUUCAUCCACAUGGUGUUUGGAUGAGCUUGCGGAGAUACUUGAAUGCAAGAAAAGAACUUUAACAGAAGCAUCCAAUCUAUGUGGGUUGGAUUCAAAGGAUUUCAGGCCCGAGUGCAAGUUAGUUCAAAGGAUUGUUGAAGAUGUUUUAUUGAAAUUGCCUAAAUAUAUCUCAAAUGAGCAUUUCUAUGGGCACCUCAUUGGGAUUGGAAAAAAAGUCGAAGAAAUUGAAUUGUCAUUAUCCAUUGGGUCAACAGAUGUUCAUAUUCUAGGAAUUUGGGGGAUGGGAGGUAUUGGUAAGACCACUCUUGCUAGUGUUGUAUAUCAAAGAUUAUCAUAUUCUCAAUUCAAAGGUUGCUGCUUUAUUUGGAAUGUUAGGGAAGAAUAUGCAAGACAUGGGGCCAAUCAUUUAAGAAAAAAACUUUUAUCUGAGUUGUUAAACGAUGAAGCUAUUCUAAAGAUGGAUUCCCCAUUUGUAGCAUCUCCAUGUAUUCUUGAUAGACUUAGACAUACAAAGGUACUCAUUGUUCUGGACGACGUGGAUAAUUCAUACCAAUUAGAAGCUGUAGUUGAAGGGUAUUAUCGGCUUGCCCCUGGAAGUAGAAUCAUUGUUACAACUAGAAAUAUGCAAGUGCUAAAGAAAGUGACUGAUAGAUUUUACAAGGUUGAGCUAUUAAAUCACGCUGAAUCUCUUGAACUCUUCCGUUUACAUGCUUUUGGCAAAAAUUCUCCAGUAAUUGAUGAUGAAAUGGUGUUAGAAGUGACAAGAUAUGCAAAUGGAAAUCCAUUAGCUCUUAAGGUCUUGGGUUCUUUCCUUCACUCCAAAAGCAAAGAAGAAUGGAAAAUUGCAUUGAAUAAAUUGAAAAUAAUUCCAAACCCGGAAAUCCAAGAUGUGUUGAAAAUAAGUUAUGAAGGACUGGAUGAUAAAGAGAUUCAAAGUAUAUUUCUUGACAUUGUAUGUCUAUUUGAUCAAUCUUUUACAAGAGAUCAUGUAGAAAGCAUAUAUAAGGCCAGUGAUCCGUUUGUGAAAAUAGCAAUAAGUGUUCUCAUUGAUAGGUCUUUAAUUGAAAACAGGGUAAGUCCUAUAGGAAACAAGUUAUGGAUGCAUGAUUUGAUACGACAAAUGGGUCGAACAAUUGUUUGUGAUGAACAUAAAGAGCCUGGAAAUCGCAGUAGGUUGUGGGAUCCUAAAGACAUCUGCCACGUAUUGGAAAGAGAUACAGGAACUGCAAUGGUUGAAGGCAUAUCGCUCAACAUGUGUAGAAUGAACAGAGAUGUGAAAGUUCAUCGUGCCGCCUUUUCUAUGAUGUACAAUCUACGAAUUUUCAAAAUCUUUGUUUGCCAUAAUAUGAAUGAGAAUAAGUGGUACAUUUGUGACUGUAAAGACAAGAAUAAGUUCAAACUAUACCUUCCUCAAGGUCUUGAUUCUUAUCUUUCUGAUAAGCUAAAUUAUUUUCAAUGGGAUCUAUACCCUUUGAGAUCGUUGCCAUCACAUGUCAGCUUUGAGAAUCUUGUUGAACUGAUUCUACGUGGCAGCCGUCUUCAAAGACUUUGGAAUCAUGGAGUUCAGUCUCUACUGGUAUUAAGAAAGAUCGACCUUAGUUAUUCCAAGAUGCUUAAUGAAAUAUCAGAUAUGUCUCUUGCUCCAAAUCUGGAAAGCAUAAAUUUUGAAGGCUGUACAAGUUUGGUUAAGGUUCUUUCAUCUAUUGAAAAUCUGCACAGGCUUACUUAUCUAAAUUUGAAUAGUUGCUCCAAACUAAGAGAUCUGAAAGAGAUAUCAAGGAACACAUGGUAUUGGGAUAUUGUAAACUUUAUAAACAACUUACCUCUCUACUCAUCUCAGGCCCACAUUUAUCAGACGUUUCCAGUGAACUUAACAGACUUACAUAUGGAUUGGACAGCAAUAGAAGAAGUGCCCCCAUCAAUUUGGCAUCUCUCUAGUCUUGUUCGAUUGGAUUUGAAUUAUUGCUCUGGACUUGAAAGUCUUUCUACCAGCAUCUGUAAGUUGAUAUCUCUUGAAUCUCUAAGAUUGUGUGGUUGUGUAAAACUGUUUAAGUUUCCGGAAAUCUUAGAGCCUAUGGAACAUCUUACAUAUCUUGAAUUAGGUCACUCACCGAUUCAAAAGUUACCAGAGUCAAUUAAAAAUCUAGUUUCUCUCAGAAGAUUAUGUAUCUUUAGCUGUAAAAACAUUGAGUUUCUCCCCACCAGCCUGUGUAAUUUAAGAAAACUUGAGCAUAUAGACAUCCAGAGGUGCUCAAACCUUAAAAAGUUGCCUCCCCUUCCAAAUGCUUCACUCAGUUUGUUGUUAGACCAUAAUGAAAGGCUGAAAUCAUUACCUGAGCUUCCAUCAUCAUGUUUUUGUCUGUCUGCAAUAUGCUGCACGUCACUAGAGACCAUAUCAAAUUGGAAGGCUCCAUUAUUACACCAUCUAAGUAGCAAUCAUAUUCGAGGGCAAAUCAACUUUUAUGGUUGUGAAAAAUUGGAUCAGAAUACACGCAACAUCAUACUGGCUGGCCGUGGAAUAUUUCAAAUUCUGUCUGGUUUAAAAUUUGGAAGAAUGUGUGACGAUUUUGAAUUUUGUUAUCCUGGCGAUGAAAUUCCAAAGUGGUUCAGCUACCAAAGUGGCAGUACCUCAAUGAAUAUUAGGCUUCCUCCAUAUUGGAAUAAUGACAACUUCUUGGGUUUGGCUUUCUGUGUUGUUAUUUACCAGCAUAAAAUUAUCGACCAUCCUAUGUUUCUCGGAAUUGGUUGUAAACUCAAUUUCGAAACCAUCCCUGAUAGUCUUCUGUGUGAGCAUGUUUCUUUUAUGCGUCUUGGGUGCGACGACGAUAGUUCAGAUCACGUGGUCAUGUGGUAUGUCGAAGAACUGACUUUGCAAAAUUCAGGACUAAGUUGGCGUUCAAAUUGUUGCACCAUGGCCUGUUUACAUUUGUCGCUUGAAUGUGGAUACUGUCAUGAUGUUGAUGAGGAUGUUAACGUCAAUUACAAUGAUGAUACCUACAUAGAUGGAAAUGAAUAUGGGGAGAUUAAGAAGUUUGGGGUUUGGUUUGUAUACAAGGAAGAUAUAGAGAGAUUUGAUGUAGAUACUAAAAGUAAAAAUAAGAGACGCUUUGACGAAUGUUGCGAAACCAGUGGAAGUGAAGGCUCUCAUGGUAUAGAAAAUGAUGUAUUGCAUUCUAAGAAACUCAAGGUUAUGUCACUUAUAUGACUGUUAAGAGAUUAUAGAGGAAUUGAAUGUUGAGGAGCCCAAAAAAUAAAAAAAUAAAAAUUCUGUGCUACAACUAAACUAAGAAGCAGGCUUGGAUCAUGAAUUGAGAUUAUGUAGCCAGUUUCUCGGUGACCUGUGACCACUUAGAUUUCCUCCAUUUUUGAACACCGCAUCUACAAAACAAACUGUAAAGAAGCAGCCAAAUACGAGGUCACGAAACCAUCUGUUUUCACCUUCUACCCAAUUCAGGUCUCCAAUCGCAUUUCUUCAAUAGAUCUCGGCUCUUGAAGUCAGGUUUCCUUCUCUUCUCUUCCUCCUCUUCUCUCCAUUUACACCCCUACUCUCUCUCUCUCUCCCUCUCUCUCUUUUAUCUUCUUCAACCUCUGGAAAACCUAGCUUACAGUUUCUUUUCAAAUAGCAAGGGGUUUGAAUUAUCUACAUGAGAAUUAUAAAUUGAAGAUGGCACAUAGGGGUAUUAAAACUGCUAAUAUCCUUGUUGGUGAUGCUCUAAACGCUAAGAUAUCAGACUUUGCUAAUAUCCUUGUUGAUGAUGCUCUAAACGCUAAGAUAUCAGACUUUGGGAAUCCUAUCCUUUAUGCAGAGGAUGGACAGGACAAUGAAUUUAAGGUCAUCAAAGUAAAAGCAACACGUGGAUACAUCAUAAAUGGCUCUUGAGUACCCAAUGUACGGAAAGAUAUCGCAAACAUAGUAUGUCUAUGGUUAUGGUGUUGUUGUACUUGAAAUUGUUAGUGCGAAGAAAAAUGCAGAAAAUAAAUUCAACCAGAAGCAACAUGAGUUUCUGGCAGAGGAGAAUCAAAACACAAGCUGCUGGAAUUAGUGGAUAAUUGACCAUCUUAACAUUAGCAGUGAAGUGCACAAAUAUAUUCACCACUGUCAGACCCACAACGUCUGAUGUUGCUGUUAGAGAAUAGUUAGUACAACUGAUGUUUAAAACAUUUAACAUAUCGAGCUUCUAUGCUUCAGAGCAAGCAGUAUUGUCACUCUAUGCAGUAGGAUGAAUCUCAGGAUGCACUGUUGAUAUUGGCCAUGGAAAGAUAGCAUUGGAGAAGCAAGUAAUGGAUCCAGUAGAAAAUUGAAGCACAAAAUUUGCAAUCGUAGAGUUACAAGUGCAUGCUAAGAAAAUUACAUACACAUUCACAGAGAUAGAGAAAGAGAGAGAUAAAUAGAGUUCUUCAGGAGGAAGUAUGCUCAUGAGGCUUACAACAAAGAACUAAGCAUAUGAGCUGGGUGGUGAUGCAUUUUUCUUUACUUUUGUCAUGUUUAUAGAUGCAUUUUUUUUUUCUUUCUAAUAUUAGCCUUUGAGUAGUAAAGAUAAUGGUGAAUUAUAAUGUUCAUUUAACGAAGAUAACGAUGUGUUAUUGAUGUAAUGAUAACUAAUUGACCUUAUUGAAAAUGUGCCAUGUUUAUUUA